CCUCGGGUCCAAUACGUUGCAAGACUCUGGAAAGAUAGCACCACCAUUGGUCCACUUUAUUUUCUUCCAAUUGAAGCCAUCCUUCAGCCACCAGAGAUUUCUAUUAUAAGCAUAGAAAUUGCAAGUUAAAAGUAUAUUCCUGAAAUGGGAAUUCCAAGUUUAGUUCUCCUCCUCUUUCCUAUGAUCUUAAUUUCAGAGUCACAAUUGUGUUCAAAUUGGGGAACCUAUUCGGCUAACAGUCCCUACUCUAAAAAUCUCAACACAGUGCUCUCUUCUCUGCCUUCAAAUAUCACAGAGAAUGGCGGUUUUUACAAUGCCACAGCAGGCCACGACCCUGACAAAGUUUAUGCAUCAAGUCUUUGUAGAGGAGACCUUUCCUCGAACAGGUGCUACAAGUGCAUUAACUCCACAAUCCAGGGAAUUAUAGAGCAGUGUCCUAAUCAAAAAGAAGCAAUCAUGUGGGGUGACGCUACUACAUGUAUGAUAAGGUACUCAAAUCGUAAGAUUUUUGGCAGGAUGGAGUUGACUCCUUCACAGUGUGUGCCUAAUCCGAAUAAUAAAACUGGAGACUACUCCCAAUUCAAUGAAACGCUGUAUGAUUUGAUGGGCAGACUCACAACACAUGCUUCUUCAGGUUCUUCUGGGUUAAAGUUUGCAACAGGAAGCUCAGAUGGUGUGUUUGGGCUGGUGCAGUGCAGCCCAGACAUAUCGAAGGCUGAUUGCAGCGUUUGCCUACAAGGGGCGAUGGGAGAAGGAUGUGGGUUUGGAAUGGAAGGGGGAAGACUUCUUAGCCCUAGCUGCAUACUUUGGUUUGAGAACUUCAAAUUUUAUGACUCUACUGCUGACACUGUUGAUUCAUCACAAGUCCCUCCAACACCUGUAGUCAAUUCUCCUCCUCCUAUAGCCAAUUUUUCUCCACCUUCUCAGUCAAUAACAAAAGGAACAUCUCAAGUUGUUUCUAAAAUUAUUGUGCCUAUAAUCGUUACGUUAGUGAUAUUGAUCACUAUCACUUGCGCCCUUUUGCGAAAGAGGUUGAAGCAUAAAGUUGAAAAUGAUGAUACAAUCAAAAGACUGGAAUCAUUGCAAUUUGAAUUUAGCAUAAUAAAAGCAGCAACAGAUAACUUCUCUGAUAAUAAUAAGCUUGGACAAGGAGGAUUUGGUUCAGUUUACAAGGGCGUGCUGCCAAAUGGACGAGAUAUUGCUGUGAAGAGGUUAUCUGAAUGUUCUGCUCAAGGUGAAGAAGAAUUCAAGAAUGAGAUUUUGUUGGUGGCUAAGCUCCAACAUAGAAAUCUUGUUAGCCUUUUAGGUUUCUGCUCAGAAGGAACAGAAAGGAUCCUUGUUUAUGAGUUUGCGAGGAAUGGCAGCCUUGAUCAUGUCAUAUUUGAUGCAACUAGGAGUGCCCAAUUAAAUUGGGAAAUGCGUUAUAAAAUCAUAAAUGGCAUUGCUCGGGGGAUUCUCUACCUUCAUGAAGAUUCACGCCUUAAGAUCAUCCAUCGCGAUUUGAAAGCAAAUAAUGUGUUGUUAGAUGAAGAGAUGAACCCUAAAAUUUCAGAUUUUGGUUUGGCAAGACUCUUUGUUUUGGAUCAAACCCAAUGCAUUACCAGAAGAGUUGCAGGAACUUAUGGAUAUAUGGCUCCAGAGUAUGCCUCGCAAAAUCGAUUCUCAGCGAAAUCAGAUGUCUUUAGCUUUGGCGUCUUAGUUCUAGAGAUAGUCACUGGUAAGAAGAACAGCUGGUUGAGUAAUUCAAAUGAAUUAGAGCAUCUUUUAAGCCAGGCAUGGAAGAAUUGGAGAAAAAGAACAAUUUCAAAUCUGAUCGACAAUACACUAAGGAAUGGUUCAACAAGUGGCAUAAUCAGAUGCAUACACAUUGGAUUAUUAUGUGUUCAAGAAAAUGCAGCAGAUAGACCCACCAUGGCAUCAGUUGUUCUAAUGCUUAGUAGCCAUUCCCUAAGUCUACCAGAACCUUCACAACCUGGAUUUCUCAUGUACAGUAACACAAACUCAGGCAUGCCUGCAUUGGAGUCUACGUCAGGGACUACCACAUCAAGCCAUUCCUUGGAAAACCCUGAAAAAACUACUUACUUGUCUGUAAACUGAAAAUUUCAACGACUAAUCAAUGCCACUAUAGUGCGGUGUGACAUAGCAUUACAAAAUAUGAUUAUGUGUUUUGAAUAUCAUGUAUUCAUCAGAACAUAUAAACAUCUGUCCCUCAUUAUAUAAAAUACAAGAGAAAUAGCUCAAGAUUGGGAUGGCUUAAAGUUGGUGGAUCUUCUAUCCUCUUUAAAUUAAGUCUGAUAAUUUAUUAUAAUAUGAUUUAAACGAGACCCACCAUCACAAUUUGUCAUAAUAAAACUAUCGUUAGUUAUAUUUUUAUAAUUUCUUUCAAUUUUGAGGGCCUCUUUACAUAUCUAAAUGCUAAGUGGUAACUGUUGACUAAAUGAUUUAUUCCAUGCAUUAUGUUGAUGUGAACUGUACAAUUCUGAGACACUGGUACAAGUCUGCUACAUGAGAGGACAUGUAGAUCUCA